AUGUCAGCCAUCACACCUCGUAUCGCCUCCUUUGGUCGCUUCAAUGCCCAAGUCCGCGGGAUAUGCAUAGGCAGGUUUCGUGGCAUCACUCGACUUGUGCGGACCGACCCAGAGCCCCUCUCAGAGGCACGCGUACCACAGCACAUGCAGUACCAAGGUCCUGCAACUCCGCCCAUGCAACUCGCGGGAUAA